CCCCUCGGGCCCUCGUCCCUGGGCUCGGCCGGCCCUAGCCCCCGCCGUCUCCCCGGCGACGCGCCGCCCCCCGGGAUGCAGCCCGCAGGCUGGGCGGCCGUCCGGGAGGCGGCGGCCCGCGACGUGCUGGCCGCCGACCUCCGGUGCAGCCUCUUCGCCUCGGCGCUGCAGAGCUACAAGCGCGACUCGGCGCUGCGGCCCUUCCCGGCGGCCUACGCCCGCCACGACUGCAAGGACUUUGAGGCCCUGCUUGCAGAUGCCAGCAAGUUACCCAACCUGAACGAACUUCUCCAGUCCUCUGGAGACAAAGACCUACGGGCCAGGGACCUGGUGAGCUGGAUUUUAUCCUCAAAGGUCCUGACAGUCCACAGUGCAGGGAAGUCAGAGUUCGAAAAGAUCCAAAAGCUGACUGGUGCCCCUCACACGCCUGUCCCGGUGCCGGACUUCCUGUUUGAAAUUGAAUACUCCAACCCAGCGAAUGCCAAAUUUUAUGAGACCAAAGGAGAACGGGACCUAAUCUACGCCUUCCACGGGAGCCGCCUCGAAAACUUCCAUUCCAUCAUCCACAAUGGGCUGCAUUGCCACCUGAACAAGACAUCCUUGUUUGGGGAAGGGACCUACCUCACCAGUGACUUGAGCCUGGCCCUCAUUUAUAGCCCUCAUGGCCUUGGAUGGCAGCGUAGCCUCCUUGGCCCCAUCCUCAGCUGCGUGGCUGUGUGUGAAGUCAUUGAUCAUCCAGAUGUCAAGUGCCAAAUGAAGAAGAAGGAUUCCAAGGAGAUAGAUCGCAGGAGAGCGAGAAUCAAACACAGUGAAGGGGGAGAUGUCCCUCCAAAGUAUUUUGUGGUCACCAAUAACCAGCUUCUGCGAGUGAGGUACCUGCUGGUGUACUCACAGAAGCAACCCAGCAGGGCUUCAAGCCAGCUGUCCUGGUUUUCCAGCCAUUGGUUUACGGUCAUGCUAUCGCUGUAUCUGCUGCUGCUGCUUAUUGUAGUGGUUUGCUGAACAGCAUGUAUCACCUGGAUAUCUGGUAGGUAUUAGAUUUCUCAUCAUUGAUUGAACACAUAUGAACACCUACCAUGUGCCAAGCGUUAGAAAUAGGAGCUCCCGGGACCAAGGUCAAAAGGUCCCUGCCCUCCUGGAGUUGAGGUCUGGCAAGGUGGGAAUAUAGACAGGCAUUCUCAGGAAUGAGGUUGGAUUAUAUGGUAUUAUUAUUUUUUUAAAAAAGAUUUUAUUUAUUUAUUCAUGAUAGACAUAGAGAGAGAGAGAGGUAGAGACACAGGCAGAGGGAGAAGCAGGCUCCAUGCUGGGAGCCCAACGUGGGACUCGAUCCCAGGACUCCAGGAUCGCACCUUGGGCCAAAGGCAGGUGCUAAAUUGCUGAGCCACCCAGGAAUCCCUGGAUUAUAUGGUAUUAUAAAGGAGUUUUGGGAAAUACUUGGCAAGGAGCCUAACAUAGUCUGGGGUCAGGAAAUACAGCAGUCAACAUGUAGCACUGCAGAACACCUAUGGGUACUGAUUUCUUUCAUCCUGACAACAGAUGAGAUAUUGAAGUCCCGGAGAGUUUCAUAGCUUGCCCAAGGCUACCUGGUCAUUGGAAGUGGUAUAGAGCUGGGAGCUGUUCUCAUAACCAUCAUCCUCGACGGCUCCCCUGGCCUUCCAGAAGAGGUGAUGUUCAACUGACACCUGACAGAGCCAUCUGUGUUAGGCUAAGAGAUGGAGGAAGAGUGUUUCAGGCAGUGGGAGCAGCACAUGUGAAGACCUAGAGUUCUCACUGGAGAAGCUAAAGGCAGGAAAGUCACUCAGAAAGAGACUGUGGUGAGAAAUGGGGCUGGAGAGGUGGGUAGGGGCUAGAUAUGAAAAACUGCCAACGCUAUGGGCCAAGGAGAGCCAUUAAGUUUUAAGGAAGGAAAUAAUAGGAUUGGGUUUGGUUCCUGGUAAGAUCACUUUGGCUUGUGGUUGCAGAAUAGAUUUAGUGUGAUUUUGAGGAUUAAAAGAACUGACAAAGUAGGGCUCAUCACAGAGCAAAUAUAGCUGGUGUAUUUCAGCUGCUGUUAUUAGUUUUUAAUGGCCCCGCGGAGGGAAUGAGCAUGCAGAGGAGACCUAGCAGCAAUGUCCAGGGAAAUAGGAAACCCAAACAGCAAAGUGUCAUGGAAGCCAAAAGGGAAGUCUUGGUGAGCAGCAUCAAAUGCUGCCGAGCAGUCAACAUUAUACUUCAGAGUAUCCACUGGAUUUACUGAGUUGGAGAUUGUUGGUGAAUUUGGUAGGAACAGUUUCAUCAGAGCUCAGCCCCGGGGGAUGUGGACAAAGUCCGACUGCAUAGAUGUGAAAUGUUGUGCACAGUUUCCAGCAAUUCUCAGGCAAUAUCUAUUUAAAACCUAGCCUUUUUUUUUCCCCUGAGGUUUCUGCUCUCCCCCCGCACCCUCAGUGUGGAGCAGGGUCAGUGCAAUACCUGAUAAUGAGCGUGGAGCAGGCAUAGAGCAUAUGAUGGGGACAUGAGGGUGAAUAAAGAACGGUCCUAUCCUCCAGGACCUCCUAGGCUAGUGGGGGCCGUUGGACAGGUACAUUUUGAUAUGGCAAAGGAAAUCCCUGGAGUCUGGACGGUUGAAAUGAGCAGAAAGGAAGAUUAGGACAGAACUCCUUUAUGACUUAGUGUCCUUUUUUUGCCUUCCUGGACUCCUUCCUCAAUAAAAGUAUCUAAAAUUAUAUUUUAUGGGGUGCCUGGGUGGCUCAGUCGGUUAAGCAUCUGACUUUGGCUUGGGGCAUCAUCUCAGGGUCUUGGGGUCACGGAGAGUCUACUUGUCCCUCUCCCUCUGCUUGUGCUCCCUCUGUCUCUUUCUCGAAUGAAUAAAAUCUUUAAAAAAGAUUAUGUUUUAUGAUUGUGUUGGUAUAAAGAUGAAUAUAUUACUAUUAAAUACUAAAAUGUUU